GGAGGACCCAGAGCCCACACAGAUUAAAGAGGAACAGGAGGAACUCAGGAUCAGUCAGGAGGAAGAGCAGCUUCAAGGGCUGGAUGCUGAUAUCAUAGAGUUCAAAUUUAUACCUUCCUGUGUGAAAAGUGAAUGUGAUCAGGAGGACCCACUUCGGUCCUUGACUCUUCCCCAAACCCAGACUGUGGAGAACAGAGAGAGUGACUCUAAACCAGUGGAUCUCAAACCUUUUGGCACUGUGACCCACCUAAAGGGUCUCUACAUUCCCUGUGACCCUCCAGAUAAUCAAAACAAUGCUUCCAGCCACAGCUCAGCCGUAAGCAGCUUAACAUUGGAUCGAAACCCACCAAUGGGUGAACACAGUUUCAAACCCAGCACCAAGUCUAGAAAUACUCACUGCUGCUGUGACUGUGGUGAAACGUUUGCCCUGAAAGAUGACCUGCAGAGGCAUGUGACCCUCACCAAGAAGAGACUCGGUGAAUGCCACUUCUGCAAAAAACUCUACAACUCCACCUGUAAACUGAAGGCCCACGUCAAACUCUGUCAAGGUGGGAAUCCCUGCACCUGCCCUGUUUGUGGAAAGACCUUCAAAUACAAAGGAGUUCUGUCCAAGCACAUGAUGAUUCACACAGGAGAUAAACCAUUUAGCUGUGGUGACUGUGGGAAAAGCUUCAAACGGAAGGUGAGCCUAACUGAACAUAAACUGACUCACACAGGAGAGAAACCAUUUAGCUGUGGUGACUGCGGGAAAAGCUUCAAUCGGAAGGGGCACCUAACCCUGCACAAGCUGACUCACACAGGAGAGAAACCAUUUAGCUGUGGUGACUGUGGGAAAAGCUACAAUCGGAAAGGGCACCUAACCCUGCACAAGCUGACUCACACAGGAGAGAAACCAUUUAGCUGUGGUGACUGCGGGAAAAGCUUCAAUCGGAAAGGGCACCUAACCAUGCACAAACUGACUCACACAGGAGAGAGACCAUUUAGCUGUGGUGACUGCGGGAAAAGCUUCAAUCGGAAAGAGCACCUAACCCUGCACAAACUGACUCACACAGGAGAGAAACCAUUUAGCUGUGGUGACUGCGGGAAAAGCUUCAAUCAGAAGGGGGACCUAAGGAGGCACAAAUUGAUUCACACAGGAGAGAAACCACAUGGCUGCUCAUUCUGUGGUAAAAGAUUCACUCAGAAGACUAAUCUUCUGAAUCAUGUGGAUAAAAUUCACAAAGAAAGAACACAGGACAGAAACUGAAAGAGGAAAGAACAUUAGGACAAAGAGAUUAUAUUCACUUACCUGACAGACAAAGGCAGGAUGUGGACAAAUCUCUUAGGAAGCAACAGCGAUAUGGCCCUCAUCAAAUAUGCAGACGACAUGGCUCUGGUUGCUUGCCUGGAGGACAAGUCCAUCUCAAGCUACUACCAGUCCAUUUACUGCCUCUUGACGUGGUUUGACAAUAUCUUAGGAGCUCAGUCGGGGUCUCAACUUACUAUUGAAAGUAAGAAUAGUAGAAUACACCAGGUGCAAUUUAGACAUUUGGUUGUGAGUCAGCAGUUUUUUUUUCUUAUGUCAGUCACUGACAGUCAAUCAAUUAGCGAUGUCAGCUAACAAUUUUUUGAUUGGAAGUUAGUCUAGCCAGCUAUCUAAACUUAGUAGGAAUCAUGGCCGAAUACCGACCGAUAAGUGCGUUUUGUUUAGGUGCAAACUCUGUUUUAAGUGAACUACAGUGUUUUUCCAGCCCCAAUUCAAUAAUAUUCUUUAUAAUAUCUCUUGAUAACUGCUUUCUCUGGUUUAGUGUACGCUGUCACAUCAGUCCCAAGCCGUAGCAGCUGUCAGGAGUCACUGAUCUUACAAUGUGUUUUCUGUAUUUUUAUUAAGUGAUCAUCCUAUAUCACCACCCUGUUACUUAUUAUAACUAUUUCCCCUCCUUGUAGUUAUCCAUUUCCAUUAUCACUGGUCUGUACCUUACUAAAACCCUGUAGAAAAGUCUGUCCUGCUCCCCUCCUCUCUACCCAACUUCCCCUCCCAGUCCCUUAAGUGGUCAUGGGUAACUGCAUAUGGAGGACCAAACCUGCUGUAAUUAGAAUUAAAUAAAUAAAUGCACACAUAAAUAGGAAAUUGGAGAUAAAAUCUAUGAUAUGACGCACCAUAAAAAACACAAAAAGAAGAACAGAUGGAACUUUGCUUGAAGUAGAACCAGGUGAACCGUUUUGGAACACUGAGCCAUUGACUGCCUGCCUGAACCAGGUGGCUGUUACAAGUGGGUUGCUUUUGACAAUAAGGCACCGGACUACAGCCAUAUAUACUGAACAAAAAUAUAAAUGCAACAUCUAAAGUGUUGGUCCAUGUUUCAUGCGCUGAAAUAAAAGUUCCCAGAAAUGUUCCAUACACACAAAAAGCUUAUUUCUCUCAAAUGUUGUUUACAUCCCUGUU